AAAUGUUUUAAUUCAAAAAGAUAGCCAAAUUACCAUUAAUUCUAAUUUUAUGCGAAUGUGGAAGAGAGUUUCUAUAAGAAGAAAUGUAUUGUUGUCUAUCGUAAUUAUUAUUUGUUUAUCUUAGAUGUUAGAACAGUAUUUGUAGAUAUUGUACAUCAAAUGAAAUUUUUUGCUAUUAUUGUAGAAGUUGUGGAGAUGUCUAAAUUACAAGUGAAGCUUCCAACCUUACUAUAAGUUGUAGUUCUUGUUUUGAAUGUCCAAUUUGUAAAAAUGUAUUACGUAGGUAAGUAGAUACAGAAAAGAAUUAUGGAUUCAUAUGUUCAUAUUGCUUUUAUACAACAAGGACUAUUGGAGUUACAGAUCCAAAUUUUUAAUAAGUUUAUGCUAAAAUUAAUAAUGCUUAUAAAAAUGAAUAUGAAGCUGAAUAUANGUCAACAACACUUAGGACACUCUUGACAAUUUACUUUAUCCAAGAAGAAAUCAAAUCUAAAGCAAAAUUGAUACCGUUAUUGGAUAUUAAGAAGAGAAUAGAAAGAACUAUGAUGAAGCUGUUCUUGUUAGAGAAUAAGAGCAUGAAGCAUUUGAAGCUUAAGUUGCUGAAUUAAAUGAUGCUACUGCUUCAGUUGAUGAUGCACUUGCUCUUUUAUCUUCUUUGACCAAUCCAUCAUUACUCUAAAUUAA